GACGCCAGCGGAAGGGCCGCUCUGCGCCGCCGGGAGGACCGCCGGGAGCAGACGAGACGGCAGCCCCCGGCAGAGUUUGGACCCGGGCCGAAGGCUGCGCGGGAGCCACAGCGUGGGGACGGCUGACGGAGCCGGGGAGCCCCACGUCCCCCCCAGUGCCACCGGGACCUCCAGGAGCCGCUGCCCCACCGCGCCGCCAUGGAGGCCUCCAAGAAGCUGAUCAGCUCAGUGGCCGGCUGCGCCGACGACACGCUGGCCGGGCUGGUGGCCUGCAACCCCGGGCUGCGGCUGCUGCGGGGACACCGGGUGGCCCUGCGCGCUGACCUGGCCGCCCUGCGGGGACGCGUGGCCCUGCUCUCCGGGGGGGGCUCCGGCCACGAGCCCGCCCAUGCAGGGUACAUAGGGAAGGGCAUGCUGAGCGGCGUGGUGGCCGGCGCCGUCUUCACCUCUCCCGCCGUGGGCAGCAUCCUGGCGGCCAUCCGGGCGGUGACGCAGGCUGGCGCAGUGGGGACCCUCCUGAUCGUGAAGAACUACACCGGGGACCGGCUGAACUUCGGGCUGGCGCUGGAGCGGGCACGGGCAGAGGGGGCUGACGUGCAGAUGGUGGUGGUGGGGGACGACUGCGCUUUCACCACCCAGAAGAAAGCCGGGCGCCGCGGGCUCUGCGGCACCGUCCUCGUGCACAAGGUGGCCGGGGCCCUGGCUGAGGCGGGGGCAAGCCUGGAUGAGAUUGCCAAGAGGGUGUUGGCGGUCGCCAAAGCCAUGGGCACCCUGGGGCUCAGCCUGUCCCCAUGCAGCGUCCCCGGGUCCAAGCCCACCUUCCAGCUGGCUGACGAUGAGAUGGAGCUGGGGCUGGGGAUCCACGGCGAGGCGGGCGUGCGCAGGAUGAAGGUGAUGCCGGCGGACGAGGCGGUGGAGACGAUGCUGGCGCACAUGACGGACCCUGCCAAUGCCUCCCAUCUGCCCCUGAGCCGCGGUGCUUCCGUGGUGCUGGUGGUGAACAACCUGGGCGGGCUGUCCUGCCUGGAGCUGGGCAUCGUGGCUGGCGCUGCCGUGCGUGGGCUGGAGAGACGAGGAGUCCGCAUCGCCCGGGCCCUGGUGGGCUCCUUCAUGACGGCGCUGGAGAUGGCCGGGGUCUCCCUCACCCUCAUGCUGGCAGACGAGGAGCUGGUGGGGCUGAUCGAUGCCGAGACCACGGCCAUGGCUUGGCCCAACCUGGUUGCGGGGCCUGCCACGAGCCAGAGACCAGAGGUGCCGGCACCAGACGAGGGACCAGAGGCAGCUCAGCAAGCGCCCGGCGCAGGGCCUGAAGCAAAGUGGGUGCAGCUGGUCCUGGAGCGGGUGUGCAGCACCCUGCUGGGCCUGCAGGACAAGCUCAACGAGCUGGACCGCGCGGCGGGCGACGGGGACUGCGGCCACACGCAUGCCCGGGCUGCACGAGCCAUCCAGGAGUGGGUGCGCGCCCGGCCCCCGCCGGCAGCCCCCGCCCAGCUCCUCUCGGCCCUGGCCGACCUGCUGCUGGAGAAGAUGGGCGGCUCCUCCGGCGUGCUCUACGGGCUGUUCCUGACGGCGGCCGCCCGGCCCCUGCACAACCGCAGCGACCUCCCGACGUGGGCUGACGCCAUGGACGCCGGCAUCGAAGCCAUGCAGCGGUACGGAGGAGCCGCCCCGGGGGACAGGACGAUGCUGGACUCGCUGUGCGCCGCGGCGCAGGCGCUGCACGCCCUGCGCAGCCCCGGAGCCGACCUGCUGACGGUGCUGGCCUCCGCCGUGCAGAGCGCGGAGGCGGCGGCAGAAGCCACCCGGCACAUGGAGGCCGGCGCGGGCAGAGCCAGCUACAUCAGCUCGGCCCAGCUGCUGCAGCCGGACCCCGGGGCGGUGGCGGCAGCGGCUGUGCUGCGCGCUGUGCUGGAGGGGCUGCGGGGCUGAGGGAGGGCGGCCGGCCCGUGGCUGACCCCCCCACAACCCCCCGGCUCCUCAGGGGCUGCAGCAGCGACGGGAGACUCGGCAGCACGCCCCGUGAACCCCCAAUGAAUAUUUGUGGUCCCCCUGA